AUGAACUUCAUUUCCCUCACCUCAGUCAUCAUCACACUUGUGUCUGACUCUGAGGUGGGCUACUUUAUCUAUAUUUUAUUACUAGAGCAGCUGGUUGGGCCUCAGUUGCGGUUUAAGAUGCAGAAGGUCGUUUGGGACAGCACUGAGGUAUCUCUAUGUCACUAUUCAAUGGAUUUUAUCAACUCCUGCCCAAUAGAUUCUCCAUACCCAUUGUUGAUGAAGUCUGCUGCUGCUGCUCUGGAGGAAGCUCGAGGAUGGAUGUCCUGGGGAAAAAAGGAUAGGUGGCAUCGGUGUAGGGCUUUUUUUGCAUAUAGGUAUCUCACAUGGGGUGGACAGACUAAGCCCAUGGUUUUGCAUCAAUACUUUCCCAUCCCCCACAUAAUCCACAUGGAUUCCACUGGAUUCUGCUGGAUUCUGCUGGACUUCACUACAUACUGUACCAUUAUAACAAUAUUCACAAAUCUGAACUGGACUGGAGUUCAAACAUGUCAUUAG